UCUCAUUUCUUCGCCGUCCUCCUUCCUCCCCAAAUUACUUCAAAUAAGCUUAUUUCAACCCUAAAGAAUGUCGACGAUGACUUCAAUCUCCCCAAGCCGCCUUCGCUCCGACCUCUACUCGUUCCCCUGCAACUCCGACGCUUCGUCGCCGCUGGUUAUCGCCGUUCUCGCUUCCCUCAUUGACCGCGCAGUGGCUAAAACCGACCGCAUUGCAGCUUGCGGAGCCUCUGCGAAGAAGGAUGUAAGGAUUAGGGCAUUUGAGAGCCGGCGGGUGCUUGAUAUGAGCAUACAAUCAUUCCUCGAUAGAAUAUUCCGGUACGCUCGCGUUAUGCCGCCGGUGUUCGUCGUCGCAUACGUUUACAUCGACAGGCUCUGUGAGUUGAAUCCAUGUUUCUGUGCUUCGAUUUGGAAUGUUCAUCGGCUUCUGAUCACCGCCGUGUUGGUCGCCUCCAAGUUCAUUGAAGACAUGAAUUAUAGGAACUCAUAUUUUGCCAAGAUAGGAGGGAUAUCAACACAGGAGAUGAACAGCUUGGAGCUGAACUUCCUGUUCUUGAUGGGUUUCAAGCUGCAAGUGAGUGUAAGUGUGUUUGAAAGCUACUGCAGGCAUUUAGAGAGAGAGGUGAGCUUUGGAGGAGGAUAUCAAAUUGAAAGGAGCUUGAGAUCUGUAUGCGCAUCAGGGAUUCUGUCAUGGAAGAAGGAGAAAAGGCAAGUGAAGCUAGCCCAGGUUCUUUGACAUAUUUACUUUUCACAAGAUAAGGGGAUUCUUCAGUUAAAAAUUUUAGAAUAAGA